AUGAUUAAUAAAUAAAGUAAGGGCUAUCAAUUGCCUUUAAGUAAAAGUGAUGAUCUAUUGUUUGUGCAUGAUGUGGAUUAAGAAUAACAAUAAAAUUUUCGUGAAUCACAAUUAAGAAAAAACAGUUUACACAAUUUUGUUUUAUAGAUACCAAAGGAAUAACAUCAUAGAAGGAACUCACAUAAUUCUAUUACAUUUAAUGAUGAGAACAAAAAAGUAAAAUUGGUGUAUGUAUUUAUUCUUUAAAUUGCAGUCAUACUAAGAAAAAAAUUCUAACUCAAAUUGCUUAAUAUGGGUAUAAUGUUUAUAUGGCAGAAUACAUAAUCUAAAAACAAAAAAUUUUAUUGGAAUAAGAUUAUUAAUUUGUAUUGGAUUUAGUAAUUGAAAAAAUUAAUUAGUUUGAGGAUUAGUAUAAAUCCUGUUCUGGCUUAAAGAUUAAGAAAAGUAAUUUAAAAUAGGUUGUUCCUAUAUAAAUUGAUGAACAAUAAUAAAUUCAAUAGUUUGUAGUGGAAGAAACAAGAUAAGUACAAGAAAAAGAAUUAAAAGAUAACAAUGAUUACUGUGGUAUUUGUUUAGGUGAGUUUAAAAAUAAAUAAAAAGUAUUAAAUUGUAAACAUGAGUUUUGUUAUGAAUGUAUACAGAGUUAUCUAGAUAAUAAAAUUAAGAUUGCUUAAGUUUUAGAAAUUGAAUGCCCUCAAUUAGGAUGUGACAAUUAUUAUAAUGAUGAAAUCAUAAAGGGCUUAGUUAAUGAUGAGUAAUAUCAAAAAUAUGAUAAAUUCAAGAAAAAGAGAUUAUUAGAAAAAGAUGAGACUGUUAGGUGGUGUAUUAAACCUGGAUGUGAUAAAUAUAUAAAGGGUAAAAGUAUGUUUAGUAAUACUGUAAAAUGUGAAUGUGGAUAAGAGAUAUGUUAUGAUUGUCGUAGAGAAGAUCAUCCUGGUAUGACAUGUGAAGUAUAGAAUUUUAAUGAGAAAAUUAGGAAGCAUUAGACAAAUUUUAUGAAUUAACUUUGAAAUAAUUGGUGAUUUAACGUUGUCCAAAAUGUAAAGCACCAAUUCAAAAGAAAGAAGGUUGUAAUCAUAUGACAUGUUAUCAAUGUCGAUUCCAAUUUUGUUGGUUAUGCAGAGCUAGAUACACAAGAAUGCAUUUUGAUUCAGAUAAUUGCUUUGGAUGUCCAGGUAAUAGAAUGUUAUUAUUAGUAAGAUAAGUAAUUUUCUAACGAAGAGCCCUAUUCUCGAUCAAGAUGGAAGAAGUAUGGAGGUAUCAUUUUCGAAUUAUUUGCCACCAUACUAAUUCUGCCUUUAAUUCCAUUUAUUUUGAUCUAUUAUAGCGUAAUGACUCCACUGAAGUUAGUAAAACAUUUUAAUCGACAAUAUUAUAAACAAUUAGAAGAUGGGGAUAAAAUGUGUUUACUCAUAGUCGGAAUAUUAUUUUUCCCUGUAAUUUUAGUGUUCUUGAUCUUUCCAGGACUACUUCUAUUAGUUGCGUAUAAAAUAAAAUAUGAUUGA